AUGGAGAAUCUGAUGAAGGAGACAUACAUUAGUUCUGACGACAUCAUCCGCACCUUCAUCUCACGCCGGGUGCAUCCCCUCCAGCGCCGGGCCCAUAAAAUAAGUGAAAUGUAUGGCCCUCGUGAUCCCACCAAGAUCACCGGCCUCCCUCUAAGCAAGGAGGAUAUAGUGCUUAAGGCCAAAGAGCGUUUUCCUCGCAUUGCCGCGGAGAAACGAGGCCCUCGCCAGAAGCGGGAUCUUGACGAGGAGGACCCUGAUCCUUAUAUUCAUUGGACCGACCUCAAGAUGGGCCGCACCCACACCUCGCGCCCCGAUGCUCCCUCAGCUGGCACCCAACCACAGGUUCACGAGCAUGCGGCUCCUCUGCAGGCUGAGGUUGGCCGCGAGUUCCUGAAGAAACUCACCUCCCAGGGCAAGAAGAACAAGGCUCCGGCACCAGAGGUCGGUUCAAGCCAAGGCCCUCCCGCCAAACGCUCCCGGACGGAAGUUGUUGGAGGGAAAGAAGUAGGCAAGAAGCGCUACAGAGGGAAACAGAUGCCGGUCGCUUCCGGAAAGAAGAAGAAGACUGCGGCUUCCCCUUCCAAGUCCGUGCCGGCCUCUUCCGCGCCGGCAAGUUCCACUCCGGGCCAGGACGCACCCGACGCCCGCUCGCCGCCCAAGACUUCGCCCACGCCUCCACCAGAAGCUCCCACCUUCGAGCCAACUGGGGCCACGCCGACGCCGCCGCCAAACCAAGGACCCAUUGCGGCCGAGCCCGCGCCAUCUCCAAGCCAAGGGCCCGCUGUGGCCAAGCCGACGCCGCCGCCAGAAGGCACCAAGCCCCUCAAGCCGGAACCUUUCAAGGGGAAGGCCAUGGCUUCCGGCACUCCUACGUCUGGCUCGCAGCACUUGGUGCUGCACGCCGGCCGCGCCGCUGUUGCGGCCGGAGAAGCGGCCUCUGGUCAGCUGGGCCAAAUCACGGAGCUGAAGCGCGGAGGCAACGAGCUGGGACAUUUGCUCGAGUACGCUGAAAAGUGGAAUCGAGUGGAUGUGUCCGCGGCUACGCGCGGCCUGGGGAAAGACCGGCUUCCGGCGAUUGACCCCGCUGGCCCCCGGUGUACUGAGCAGCACUUUAUGCGGCUGCGGCGCGCGGUGAAGGAGCUUGACAAUGCGUGGCACAAUGCCACCAACAACGUGGUGCUAUCCCGGAAGCCUCCAUUGAGGCCCUCAAGGCCCAGCUCAGCACCCUUCAAGACUCUAGGUGAAAAGGAGCAGCUUAUCCAGGAGCAUCGCAAGGCUCUGGACGCCCAGGAGCUCAUUUCCAGCGGGCUGAAGGAUCAGCUCAUCCAAUUUGGGCUCCGGCAUGAUCAGGAGAUGAAGGAUGCCAAAGCUGCAGCUGAGGCGAAGCUGAAUGAGGUCCUGGAGGAUUCCACCAACUCCACCGCGGUGCUGCGGUUAGAGCUGGAGGAGGGAGGCAAGGCGAGGAAAGCGGCCGAAGAUCAGGCCGCCCUCCUAGAGGCAGAGCAAAAGGAAUAUGACCAACUGGGCUCUUUCCGGACUCACAGGUCACAUGCGUGCGGUGGACCGGAAUCUCGCCGAUCUCCCGACGUGGCGAUCCGGCUCUUCAAGGUGCUAUGGCCUGGGGAGGAGGUGCCGGCUAACCUGACGCUCACCUCCGAACGCCUGAAAGGUGCCAGCCGGAGGAUCCGCGAGUGGCAGUGGUUAGGGGCUCGUGCCGGAGCAGACGAGGCAAUACGCAUCGCCUGUUCCUGGUAUGAAGAUUUGGACCUGGAGGCCUUCCACACCAUGCGCCAAGAUGCUCCCACCGAUACGGAUCCAAUCCUCACCGCUAAGCGGAAGGACCGGGCCUACCGGAUAGCAGAGUACGCGGCGGUCCGCACCUUCAUCCCUCCUCCUCCUGGCGUCACGGACUAUCUUAGUGACUUCGAAGAAGAAGAUGAUGAUGAGGAUGCCGGAGAAGAUGAUGCUCUUCCGGAUGGCGGAGAUGCGCCUCCGGAAGCUCCUGACGCCGGUGAUGUCCCCCCCUGA